AUGACGCUCAGAACUAUCCCAGACUCUUUCGUCUUCAAAGAAAAGAGCACCACAGCAGUGAGACUCUUCAUGGACUGCUCUCCCUUUGCCACCUCUGAAGGGUCACAGGUCAAAAUGGUAUCCAGAUUCUACUCCGUGGAGCAGCUCGCCACCCUCAUCUUCCUCCUCGUCUCCAUCGUCAGCCUGCUUCUGGUACUGUUAACCUAUUCCCUGCUGCCGAAGCUGCGCAACGCUUCCGGCGUCAUCGUCAUGUCCCUCUCCGCCUCCAUGCUGACGUUGCAAGGGUUAGGACUGCUUCUUCAGCUACCCCGCGGGUGGCUGUGUCUGAUUGUCGCAUGGUUAUUGCACUGGAGCCAGCUGGCGACGUUUCUUUGGAACUCGGUCCUGGCAUUCGACCUGACUUUCACCCUCAGAAGCAAGUCAGUCGGACACACAUCUAACGGGUCAAGAGGUCGUGCUUUGUGGUGUUACAUCAUGUUGUGCUGGUUGCUUCCGCUGCUUGUCGUCGUCUGCCUAGGUGUCAUGGACCACUACGGCAUCUACAACGUGGGCUACGCCACUGGUGGGCAGUGCUACAUAGGGACAUGCAGCUCCAUCUUGUGGCUAAUGAUCGUCCCCAUGUCCGCCACGUUUUUGUUUAAUUUCUCAUGCUAUGUCUUCGCGCUUUCUACCAUCGUGCACACCUCAAAGAUGUUGCGGCACGCCACGAUCUCCAGCCAGGGAGGACCUAACUUGGCAGACAAAAGGAGGCUGCUUGUCUACAUCCGCAUCACGCUGAUCAUGGGCUUGACCUGGGCUUUUUACUUUGCAGCUGUUUUUGUCCCCCUGAUAGAACUUUGGAUCGUCAACAUCGUGCUAAACUCUUCCCAAGGCUUAUAUUUCCUGAUUUCUUUCGUUCUCAAGCGAAGGGUUAGGAUCAUGCUACGAGACCGUUUCUCUAAUCUUCGACUCUGUAAGUCAGGAUAAUAAUGUAUUUUCAGAAUGGAGGCGAACUUUGAAGUAAAGC